CUCCCUCUCUCUCUCUCUCUCUCUCUCUUCAAGUAAAAAGUACCUACACAAAACGUAAAUCCACUAAUAAGACUGAAAUUCAUCGGUUCUUUACAUAUCAGGUUGACGCGUAUUAAUUUAAUCGAAUCGAAUUGUAUAAUAUAAUUGAAGCGUCAAAAUAGAUAGAGAUUUCGAGAGAUUUUUUGUCAUGAAGAGAUUUCAUAUCCGGAUAGCCAAAGUCAAUGUAUUUUACAAGUUAUAAUGGCCAAUAGAGUCGAUUAAUAUUUCUACUUGUUAUUAUUUGAUUGGCGAAGAAAAUGUAAUUUACUCGGUAUUUUAAAAGUGUCUGCUACAAAUUUUAUCGAUAGAAUGUUAGUAGAAAUAUAACAAAAUCUUAAUAAAUUAAUAAAAAAUAUUGACAGAUUGGUUGUAGAAACUGAAUAGAAACUGAAGUUUCGUAACCAUUUAAAUGGUGUAUUUUAUUUAAAUGUUUAAGAAAUGACAAGAUUUAUUUGGUUUCUGCCGACAAUUUAAUUGCUAUCAGAUUAUAUACCGGCAGGUUUUGUCGGUAAAACACGGGUUUAAUACGGACACAGAUAUGAUACCAGAUCAGUUCUUCUGUAAUUGCAAUAUCAGAUUUUGGUAUAAACUGUAUAAAGUUCAUAAGGAUCACGCACUUUAGUUCAAUUAUCGGCCACUUGGUGUCUAUCGCCUUUUAUCUUUGCGAUUGUUAAGUUAAUUACAACAAUUACAUUACACUUAGGUAUAUUAGAAUUUUUAAUAAUCUUGUAAAAAUCUUGCAAAAUAAUUGCAUAACUUAAAUUCUUCAAUGUUAAUUAAAAUUUAUUAUUAAGUUUAAUUUCACUAUUAGCUCUAUUUCGGAAAAAUUCAUAAUGCAUCGUUCUCGAUAGCGAUUGUUUUUAUUAUGAUUCUUAUAUAAGGAUAGGACAUAGAUGGAUACUUCGAAUCUUAGGCAGUGUUCAUAAUUCGAUCUUGUAUGUACUUAAGAUCGUUCUUAUAGCUCGAAAUGCUGUAAGGGUCAUUUCAUUUGCAAGGGGGGGGGGGGGCUACGUCCAUGGAGUCUUAAGACUGCACAGACAUCCGGAAGGUCUUGAAUACACGAUCGGGCUGUGAAUAUAAUUGGUUCUGAAGAUCUCCUUGUCUGAUACUGGUCAGGAAAGCACUUUAUCUUUACCUACUUCCAUAUAAUGAAUGUUCCUCUAUAAUAUUAAUGACUACGAGUUACCAUUCAUUAAUUGUUGCGCUUGAUUAAGUGAUCUCGCCGAUCUUGCCUGGUUUGGUUCUGUACUUGGACCAUAACCAACAUACUUGCUCAACAAUUAUUGCUGUGAAUUAGGAAACUGUUUGCUUAUUCGAAUUCGAGCUAUUUAGCGCUUCGAAUGUUUCGAAGAGUUCGAUUAAUCAAUGAGAUCCAGAAACCUUCGAAACACUUAUUCCGCCAAAUAAACAGUAAAUAAACGUGUCAGUUUGGAUUUUUAAAUAAGAGCACAGAUUGACACCUUGAAUUUCAAUUUAAAAAAGUUGAUCAGCCUUAACACUCCAGUACAUACGAUCUUGUCACCGUUGCGAUUGAUUUCAAUAUUGGUUGAACCGAUUAUGUAUCGAUCACAAUUGGACAGAGAUAUUGUGAGAGAGAAAAUCGAUCACAAUUCUACUGUUGACAUCGAGCAAUUGUGCAUUGAUCUCAAUUGUAUUUGAUCUUGAUUGUGCUCAAUCACAAUGCUGCUUGAUCUACUUAUUUGAACUUCACCACCGCUUUGAGCAGCAAUUCAAUAUACAUUAAGGGGAUGCUGUAGUGACAGUAAUUAUGACCGCCAUACUGCCACUACAGCAUUUCCGUAAUUGCAAAUUGAAUGAAUAAACAGUUUCCUUGUUCCAGUUAAACAUAGUCCUUCCAUAUCUAGUCCUAAAUAUAGUCAAAUUAAUUUAGGUUUAGGAUUAACGGCGUCGGGAGAUGGUUAGAUUUAGGUGCUUCAGGUAUAUUGUACUCACUGAACCAUAGUAACGUUGACUAUUUUUUUUACAAAAACUAUUUUUAAUUUUUUAACAUUAGGUAUAAUAAAUAGGAAACAUUCUAAUCAUUAAAUUCGUGUUUGGCCGAUAUGUAGAGCCUGCCGAUAUAAUCUGACAGCAGAUUGUUGGCAGAAACCGAGCAAAAUCUGUUCAUUAUUUAAACAUUUAAAUGAAAUACAGCAUUAAAAAUUUAAAUGGUAGAUUUUGUUCACUUUCUACGAUCAAGCUGCCAUUAUAUUCUUUUAGCGAAAUCUGUUUAUUUCUGCUAGCAUUCUAUCGACAACAUUUGCGGAUAUUUUCAAAAUCUAUUCUUGACAGAUUUGGCUAUGUAGAAAUAAUUAUGUUUAUGAAAUGAUAAAUUCUGUUCAAUUUUUGCCGACAGUCUGCUGUCAGAUUACGACGGGCACACUCUUCCAGCACAAGACACGAGUUUAAUGCAGACAGAGAUGAUACCGGAUCUGUCUUGCGAUAUCUGAACAAAUAUUUGCUAUCAGCCUGUAGUAAUUAUAUUGCAGGCAGUUUGUUUAUUACUGGGAUAGUGUCGUUUGUUAAGUUUUAAUCGCUGAUUAAGAGGGAGGGUGCAAUUGUGAAAUUAUUUUACAAAACUGCUCAUAUUUCUUUUUUUCAUUAUUAAAUCAACAUAUUCGAAUCAUUGAAUCAUUCCUCAUUCUUUUUCUUGUCAUUAAGUCAAUGUAUUCAAAUCAUUAAACAAAUUUUUUUCUUCAUAUGAUUGACUACAAUUUCGAUUUACGUGAAAAAAUUCUAUGAUCGUAUUUAAAAAAAUAUAAUAAUACGGUUGUAUAUGUAUAUCUUGCAGAUACAUCGACUUGUAUGUCUGUAAAAAAAAAUAUUGCAGGAUCUUAUCAAAAAUCUCUAUCAUUUUUUCUUAUAUAUAAAAGAGAACUAAACCCGUCUCGGUCGUUAACACAAGUAUAAUCAUUUUUUAUCUCGACCAAAGUCAACAUAAAUUCCAACAAAAGCACCUUAAUAAUUUCUAUAAUUUAAAACAAUUAAGAAAUUUGAAAUUCCUCAUUCUCCGAGUUGGUUAUUCCUAUAUAAUUAAAAUAAAAUCACCCCGCUUAGAAUACUUCGCGUGCUCGCGCGCGAAACUGCCGUCGCCGACGAAGGUUUCCGUUUCCCGGACGACGGAAGGCACCGCGGGAACACAACAAUCGGCCGAGCCGACCGACCCGCCGUGGACCGUGGACGACGCCUUUGUAUUGCCGAGGAUGUCGUUCGUCGAACAGCCGUCGCUCGGGCGAGAGAUCGCGGUACCGGCCAGGCUGCCGAUGAUCCUGAAGCAGUUCUGCAAGGCCGCCAUCCGCACGCAGCCUUACGACCUGCUCAAGUGGUCCGGCUCGUACUUCCGCGCGCUGGCCGACGGCGAAGAGCCGCCGGUCAAGCCGCGGCUCGAGUACCCGUCGUCGAGCACGGCCUCCGGUUUGACUGUGGGCUUCCUCAGGGUACUGCUGCGGCAGUUUGGAAAUUACAACAAGACGCUGCCGGUCGAAACGAUCUCGCGUCGCUGGGACUGCCUCUGCCUGGACCGUAGGGACCUCGACACGAUCCUCGCGAUUGGAAGAUUUCGUCGCACCUGCCAGGUGAAGAAGUUCCUCGCUAUAGCGGUGGGCCUGCUCGGCGCCAGUCUCACCGAGACGAUGAUCACGGUCUGCCAAUUAUUCAGUCACGAGCCGGACGGCGGAUCCGCGAUGAUCCCUCUCACCUUGUUUAUGGAGAUAUACGAGUAUUUAGCGGGACUCGCGUGCGACGGCAACGAGAAAGACACGGUUGAUCAAAAUACAACGGAGCGUACCGCGUGUAAGGAUGAGAGCUCCGUCGAUCGUACCUGCUCUAUAAACAGCCAAGACACCGACGUGGACAUUAAUUCGGAAUUGAUAUCCAAGGACGAGGUCGAUCUGUCAAAGACCGAUUUGUCGGAGCUGAUAGAUAAUAGUUCACUCGAAAAGGAAGCUACUAAUUAUGAAGAAAAGAGGGAUGAAUCUUCGACUAGUCCAAAAGGCAACGCCUUGACAGGCAAAGAUCGCGCGGAUUACAAUGUAACGAUCGGUAGGAAAUUCUGCGGAGUGAAAGAUGCCAAUGACGAAAGUCUAUCUUCUGAAAUAGAGAAGGCUACGAAAGUUACGUGUUAUCCGAAUGUGCCAGGUAUAGGACCUCGUAUACCAGCCGAGCGAGUUGCGAGCGUAACAGCGUGGAUGCUCGAGUGCGCGAGGCUGCAGGAGGGUAUGGUCGGACCGCGAAAUAUUCGACAUACGAGCUGCCCGCUUUUGCACGAACGAUCGACGUCAAAGUGAUAAUGCCUCGUUAUUUCGUAAUAAUAAAUACGGAGAAUGCCAUCAUGCAACGUGUACU